CUUGUAAAAUAUGAAGUGUAAACUGAGACUUACUUGUUUCAAUUAUAACUGAAGAGUCCCACAUGUACAGAUGAAUCAGACUGAAGUGCAGUUCAUGUUAUUGUUUACAUACUUUCAUUUCUCAACUGUCACCUCUCCCUCCCCUGAUUUGUAGAUUUAUUUCUUUUAUGAAGCACUCAGAUGCAUCGGCUCGCCCUGGCCUGUAACAGAACACUGCUUGGUGACUUGUGACAGACAGGGUUUAACCUCUGACAGCGAGACUCAUUGUGGAGCAGGAGCCAAUCACAGGUCCUGAAGACACUGGUCCCAUCCGAGUCGGAAUAUAAAAAGCCACUUGGAAGAUAGCGUGCAAGAUUCCCUGGGUGGCCACUGGUGUCUCCGACUGUCCAGGCAUUCCCCUUUGCUUGGCAUUACUCAAAAGCAAAGGAGGAAAAGGAGCAGGAAAAGACCGCACAGUUUCCACAUCAUGCAAAAGCUGCAAGUCUACGUGUCCAUUUACCUGUUCAUGCUGAUCAUCACCGGCCCCGUGGGCCUGAGUGGGAACAGCGAGCAGAAAGGCGAUGUGGAGAAAGAGGGGCCAUGCCACGCGUGCACCUGGAGGCAGAACACAAAGUCGUCCCGAAUAGAAGCCAUAAAGAUCGAGAUCCUCAGCAAACUGCGCCUGGAAACAGCGCCCAACAUCAGCAAGGAAGUCAUCCGGCAGCUCCUGCCCAGGGCCCCGCCGCUGCAGGAGCUCAUCGACCAGGACGACGUACAGUUGGACGGCGACAGCGAGGGCUUCCUGGAGGAGGACGACUACCACGCCACCACGGAGAAGGUCAUCACCAUGCCCACAGCACCUGAUCUUCUGACGCAAGUGGAAGGAAAACCCAAAUGCUGCUUCUUUAAUUUCAACUCUAAAAUACAAUUCAAUGAAGUGGUCCAGGCCCAGCUGUGGAUCUAUCUGAGACCCGUCAUGACGCCCACGACGGUGUUUGUGCAAAUCCUGAGGCUCGUUGAGCCCAUGGAAGAUGGGACGAGAUACACGGGAAUCCAAUCCCUGAAACUCGACAUGAGCCCAGGCGCUGGCAUUUGGCAGAGCAUCGAUGUGAAGACCGUGUUGCAAAACUGGCUGAAACAAUCCGAAUCCAACUUGGGCAUUGAAAUCAAAGCUUUAGAUGAGAAUGGUCAUGAUCUUGCGGUGACCUUCCCGGGACCGGGAGAGGAUGGGCUGGUAAGUGAUGAGGGGAAGCGGCAUUCUCACAGCCUCGUUAGGUUUUCAUCAGAAUGGGAACAAGUCAGAGUGAAAAAGAGCCACCGAUUCCUAUGCUCACAAGCCAAGCACAGGUAUCCUAGCCCUGUACCCAAUAAAAGUGGGUCUCUAAUUUCAUGCCCUGUGGAAGAGCUUCUUGAUUCUUUUAGUUUGCAUCAGGAUUUUUUUUUAAAGGUACUUAACUUCUUAGGCAGUUCUUUUGAAUUGAGACUGGAUUUUUUGUUAAAAGGAGG